AUGGCGGUGAGGCGGCGGCAGAGGCGCGGGCCGGGCGGCGGGCGAGCGCUGCUGGCCGCGGUGCUGCUGUGCGUGUGGGGCCGGGCGGCGGCCGAGCGGCUCCGCUACGCCAUCCCCGAGGAGCUGGGCAGAGGCUCGCUCGUGGGGCCGCUGGCGCGGGACCUGGGGCUCAGCGCGGACGAGCUGCCGGCGCGCAAGCUGCGGCUGAGCGAGGAGAAGCAAUACUUCACGGUGAGUGAGGAGAACGGGAACCUGUACGUGAACGAGAGGCUGGACCGGGAGGAGAUUUGCGGCGAGUCAGCGACCUGCUCCGUCAGCUUCGAGGUGCUGGUGAACAACCCCCUGAACAUUUUCCACGUCGACGUGACGAUCGAGGACGUGAACGACAAUUCACCCGCCUUCACCAAGGCCGUUUUGGACCUCGAGAUCGGUGAAUGGAUCUCUCCUGGUGCUCGUUUUCCCCUGGAGAUGGCCCGAGAUGAGGACGCAGGAAGCAACUCACUGCUGGCUUACCAGCUCAUCAGCAACCCAUCGUUCUCACUGUCUAUGCAGGAUAAGCCAGGUGAAAACAAGCAGCCAGAAUUAAUACUGGAGAGAGGGUUGGACCGUGAGGUGCAAAGCGCCUUUGAGCUAGUGCUAACGGCAGUGGAUGGUGGGGAUCCCGCGAGGUCCGGGACUAUCCAGGUUCGCAUCAACGUGACAGAUGCAAAUGACAACCCUCCCGUGUUCAGUAAACGCCUCUACGAGGCGCGAAUUGCAGAGAAUUUAGCAGUGGAGACAGUAGUGCUGCGGGUACGGGCGACGGAUGCUGACGCAGGCUCCAACGGGCGAGUGUCCUACUCCUUUGGCAGCGUCCCGGAAGCCGUCAGGGCAUUGUUCGCUAUCGACAGUGAGACUGGGGAAAUUAGAACAGCGGGUCUCCUCGAUUUCGAGGAGAAGAAUAAAUAUAUGUUCGGCGUAGAGGGGAGAGACGGCGGCGGGCUCAGCAGUCACUGCGAAGUGCAGAUCUACAUCACGGAUGAGAACGACAACAUGCCUGAAAUCACGAUUCUGUCGCUCUCAAGCCCGGUGCCCGAGGAUGCUCCGACAGGCACCGUGGUGGCCCUCCUGAAAGUGCGGGACAGAGACUCCGGCGAGAACGGUCAGGUGUCGUGCGAGCUGUCGGGAGAGGCGCCGCUGUCGAUCGUGGCGUCGUCGGGCGGCUCGUACAAGGUGGUGACGGCGGGCGCGCUGGACCGAGAGCAGGCGUCCGAGCACCGCGUGACGGUGGUGGCCCGGGACCGGGGCAGGCCGGCGCUGUGGAGCAGCACGGAGCUGGUGCUGGAGGUGUCGGACGUGAACGACAACGCGCCGGUGUUCGAGCAGCUGCUGCCGGCGGACAGCGGCGCCCUGCGCGGCGUGCCCGUGUCGCACUUCGUGGGCAUCGACGGCGUGCGCGCCUUCCUCCAGUCCUACUCGCACGAGGUGUCGCUCACGGCCGACUCGCGCAAGAGCCAGCUGCGCUUCUCGGCCGGCAGCUGCUGCGACACCCUCCCGGCCCGGCCGCCGCCCGACGAGCCCGCGCCGCUGCUCGGGGACCACGAUCCUGCCGGCGCCCUCCCCGCCGAUCCCGCCCCUCCCUCGCUGAUGGGGGUGAGCAGCCAACGGGGCGGCCCGGGGCGAGACCCCCUUGAGCGCCGUCCGGCGGCUGCAGUGGCGCGGCGGCGCCUCCGGGUGCCGCUGUUGGCCGCCGCCGAGCGGCGCUGGAGCCGCCGCCGCCGCCGCCGCAGCGUCCUGCCCCCGCAGGCUGCUCGCUCGCCCGGCGCCGGCCGCAGCGGCAGCGGCACCGCCACCGGCAGCAGCGGCGGCGGCGGCGAGGGGCGGGGAGAGGCGGCCGCGGUGCUGCUGUGCGUGUGGGGCCGGGCGGCGGCCGAGCGGCUCCGCUACGCCAUCCCCGAGGAGCUGGGCAGAGGCUCGCUCGUGGGGCCGCUGGCGCGGGACCUGGGGCUCAGCGCGGACGAGCUGCCGGCGCGCAAGCUGCAGGUGGCGUCUGCCGGCAAGAAGCAGCUGCAAUACUUCACGGUGAGUGAGGAGAACGGGAACCUGUACGUGAACGAGAGGCUGGACCGGGAGGAGAUGUGCGGCGAGUCGGCGACGUGCUCUGUCAGCUUCGAGGUGCUGGUGCACAACCCGCUGAACGUUUUCCGCGUCGAAGUAAACAUCCAGGACGUGAAUGACAACGCGCCGCGCUUUCUUAGGGAAAAUAUCCACUUCGAAAUCAUUGAGUCUACACCACCUGGUGCCCGAUUUUCUGUUGAUGUGGCCGAGGACGCGGACGUGGGCAGUAAUUCACUGCAAGGCUACAAGCUGGAGACCAACGGCUACUUCGCAGUGGAGGUGAAGGAGAGCCAAGACAGCAGCAAAUUCGCGGAGCUUGUGCUGCGCCGUGCACUGGACAGGGAGAGCGAGCCGAGCCUGCGUCUGCUGCUGACUGCGCUGGAUGGGGGAGACCCGCCUCUGACUGGCACCGCCCAGCUCUGGAUCAACGUCACCGACGCCAAUGACAACCCACCCGUGUUCGCGCAGGACCGGUACCGCGUCAGCCUGCGUGAGGACACGCCUCCGGGCUCAACGGUGCUGAACGUCUCUGCCUCUGAUGCCGACGCCGGCGCCAACGCACACAUCACCUACGGCUUCAGUAAAAUGCCGACUAAAAUGUUGCAGAAGUUCUUGGUGGAUGCAGAGAGCGGGACGAUCAGUCUGCAGAAGGAGCUGGAUUUUGAGGACAUGCGAGGCUACGUGUUGCUGGUGGAGGCGAGGGAUGGUGGCGGUUUGGUGGCACACUGCAAGGUGGAGGUGGAGGUGCUGGACGUGAAUGACAACGCGCCCGAAAUCACGAUUCUGUCACUGUCGAGUCCCGUGCCCGAGGACGUUCCGGUGGGCACCGUGGUGGCCGUGCUGAAUGUGCGGGAUCGGGAUUCGGGCGAGAACGGUCAGGUGUCGUGCGAGCUGUCGGGAGAGGCGCCGCUGUCGAUUGUGGCGUCGUCGGGCGGCUCGUACAAGGUGGUGACGGCGGGCGCGCUGGACCGAGAGCAGGCGUCCGAGCACCGCGUGACGGUGGUGGCCCGGGACCGGGGCAGGCCGGCGCUGUGGAGCAGCACGGAGCUGGUGCUGGAGGUGUCGGACGUGAACGACAACGCGCCGGUGUUCGAGGAGGCGGCGUACAGCGCGUACGUGGCGGAGAACAACGCGGCGGGCGCGCUGGUGCUGCGCGUGCAGGCGCGGGACGCGGACGCGGGCGCCAACGGGCGCGUGAGCUACUGGCUGGCGGGCGGCAGCGCGGGCGCGGCGGGCGCGGCGCCGCUCGUGUCGGUGGAGGCGCGGAGCGGCGCGCUGCGCAACGCGUGGCUGUCCUACGAGCUGGUGCAGGCGUCGGAGCCGGCGCUGUUCCGCGUGGGGCUGCACAGCGGCGAGGUGCGCACGGCGCGGGCCGUGUCCGAGCGGGACGCGGCCAAGCAGCGAGUGGUGGCCGUGGUGAAGGACCACGGGCAGCCGGCGCUGUCGGCCACGGCCACGGCCACGCUGCACGUGGUGCUGGCCGAGAGCUUGCAGGAGGCGCUGCCGGAGCUGAGUGACAGAGACGCUGUGUCCCACCUGUCGUCUGAUUUGAACCUCAUUCUUGUUGUGUCGCUCUCCGUCGUGUCCUUAUUAUUCGUUUCCACGGUCAUUUUUGUAUUUUUCUUUAAAUGUCGACAGUCGAGGAGCCCUCCCAUUUUUAUAACUUCUGAUAAGGAACUGUAUUCCACCUUGGGCUCAAAAGCACCGUACAACUACUGCAGCAGCACGCUGCCUUUGCCCUAUUCCUACGAGGUGUGUUUAGCUUCCGAGUCGGGGCAGAAGGACUUCACGUUCUUGAGACCGGGGGUGGCAGCCUUGUCUACCAAUGUCCUCUCUGCUGAUCCUGGCUCAGGCACUCGUUCUGGGGAGGACCCUCCUAGCACUGGGAGCUCUACACAGCAAGCUCAGCCUAACACAGAUUGGCGCUUCUCUCAGACCCAGAGACCUGGAACGAGUGGCUCCCAGAAUGGAGAGGAAGCUGGAGCCUGGCCCAACAACCAGUUUGACACGGAGAUGCUCCAAGCCAUGAUCCUGGCUUCAGCCAAUGAAGCUGCUGAUGGAAACUCGACCCUGGGCGGCGGCAAUGGCACGAUGGGGCUGAGUGCCCGCUACGGCCCGCAGUUCACCCUGCAGCACGUCCCCGACUACCGGCAGAACGUCUACAUCCCGGGCAGCAACGCCACGCUCACCAACGCCGCCGGCAAGCGCGACGCCAAGAACGCCGCUCCCGCCGCAGGCAACAAAAAGAAAUCCGGGAAGAAGGAGAAGAAGUAGUGAAGAAGAAAAAGGAGACCUUAGAGCUACAGGGCAGCCGGCUCCAGCACUCCCCCCAAAACCACAGCCCAGGCCGGAGGACGAAUGUGAAUUUUUUUGUGGUGCAAAAGUAGGAAAUGCUGCGAAUGUAUCUGGUCAUCAUCAGAGCUGAGAGCAGGGGCUCGCUGCUCUCAGGUCUCAUGAUGAACACCAAUCCGGAGUCUAAACCGAACGCAAACAAGUGCCCUGUGAAUAAUGUUUUAUACAAUCCCUUGGGUAUUAGAAUAUGCAAGGGCCGAAGGUCUUUUGCCACGUCUUUGGAUCCAGUUUGCUCCCAGCUAGUCCAAGAAAGGCACAAGGCUUGUGCUCGGCUUUGCCCAGUGUAAAUAAUUUUAAUGUGGAUCUUUUAAUUUACAGCCCUUCAGCUAUUUUUUGGAAAGGAAAAGGAAGUUCUUAGCUUAGAGCCCAUGCUGUUCUUUGCUGUUAAAUUUUCCAUUAGUAAAAUUCAUCCCCAGUCAAUGAUAGCGAUGGAAUUUGGAUUUUGGAAGUUGGUAGGGAGUGCUUCAGUUCCUGCUUACCUGUCAUCUAAAAAAAAAAAAGUGUUUAUAUUGCAUGAGUCAAAGGGAAUAUGGCAAAGCUGCAUCCUAAGCAUUUUUUCUUUUUUUUUUUUUUUUUUUUUUUUAAUGUGUAACCACUAAUGGCCUGAAAUAUGAUAAGGAAAAAGCCCUCCUGCUGUGUGAGAGGCAGGGAAUUCCACGAGGAGCAUGCCGAGGUGUGCGGCAGCUGCCCCGGCGGUUCUAGGGGUCUCCGAAGAGCAGACACAUCUCAAACCUUCUUUGCAGUAAAUAUUUAUAUGUACAGUCGAUGUUCUUAUGGAAUUAAGGCUAAGAGAGCCUCGCUGCCCCGCGGCCAGGCCUGGCCAGGUCCCCGCGCAGGGGACACGGGGACGACGCUUCACUGUCUGCACAGGUGUCUGCAUGCACGUCCCUCACCUCACACCUGCACUAGCGCAGCAGCCCCACGGACCCGCAGAAGUCCUCGCAUGCCCACGGGGUGUGAACGCGCCGGCAGCCGCCCGGGCUGCCCUGGGGAAGGGGUGGGAGGGGGUGGGAUGGCUCAGGCGGGGUGGGGAAACUCAUUAUUGCUUCUUGUUCGGGCCCCAAAGGUUGUUUGGGGUGGUCGGGUGGUUCUUGGCGGUCUCGCCCGAAGCGGGGGAUCCGCGGAGCUGCCGCUGCAUGGCUUUGGUGCAGAGUUGGUGGCUGAGUAAGUGAUGGUUGUUUGGUGGCGUUUGGGGACCAGAUCCAGACGAGGGACCCCAGAGCAGGGGGUGACGCUGCAAAGUGGGGGGCAGUGACUGGGGGAGUGUCGCAUGGACCAUGCGGGGCCAGCCUGGAGGAGGAGGUGAUGCUCCCGCUGGCUUUGGGCUUUGAGCCCUGCGGGCAGAAUUGAAGGAUGAGGAUUAGAGUUUCUCCAUGUGCCCAUCACCAAAGCACCAGGCCAGCUUCCCAUAGCAAAGCAGCUCUGAGCCCCCGGGGGAGGCAGAUGGGAGCUUUGUGCAGCCAGAGCCAGGAGAGGAGCUGUGGGGUGGCCCGGAGGGGGCCACACCGAGUUUCCCAGGGGGUGUGUGUUGUUUUUUUCCUUUUUUAAUCACUAACACGUAACUCACCCGAGCAGAUCCAGCCCUUUCAGCCAGGCUCUCCCCACCCCUGUCCCCUCCCCAGACCAGGGCAGCAGGAGCAUAUCCUCCGUGGUUCAUCCAGAUCCAGCCACCUCUGGUGCUGGCUGCUCUGGGAGCGGUUCCCACCCUGUCCCCUGCAGCUGCCACCUGCCCCCCCUCUAGAAAUGCUGUAGCUGAAUUGUAGUCUUUAUAUUUUCUUUUUAAUCUGCAAUCUGAGGUAGCGUAGUGAGUGUCGUGUAUUUAGUGGCGUGUUAUUUUUAAUUGCAGUAACUAACUUGUGGACAUCAGUAUUUUCAAUUUUCUCUGUAUCUUCUUUCCAUGUGGUCUGUGCUCCGAGUGUGCGUGAAAUGAAACACGUUUGCCCUUUCAAUGUGUCUAAUAUUGAAUUAUACUUAUAUAUUAUAUAUAUGCUUAUAUCCUUCUUAUACCCAUAUAGACCAACGUCGAUGUGUUACACGCAAGUUUUAUACUCUAAUAUUUAUAUUGCUUUUUUUCUUUGGGAAAAAAAAAUAAUAAAAUGGUUUCUUCUGAA